GCGUGCGCGGCGCGGGGCCCCGGGCCGGAUCUCUCGCGAGGAAGGACGCCAUUAUCGCAGCCGCCGCACAAAACACCACGAGAACUCGGCGCCCGCCUCACACGGAGUGCAUGCCUGGGCCAGCUCUGCCCUGGGGAGCUGCAGUGGUGCCUGAGGGGUUUUGCUGCAGGUUCUGAAUGAUGUCAGAGCAGGAUUUGGCAGAUGUGGUUCAGAUUGCUGUGGAGGACCUGACUCCUGAUAAUCCAGUUGUGUUGGAGAACCAUGAGGUGGCAGAUGAUGAUGUGGAACCUGCCCUGAAACGUCAGAGGAUAGAAAUCAACUGCCAGGAUCCCUCUAUUAAGUCGUUCCUGUACUCCAUCAACCAGACCAUAUGCCUGAGGCUGGACAGCAUCGAGGCCAAGCUGCUGGCCCUGGAGGCCACCUGCAAAUCCCUGGAGGAGAAGCUGGACCUGGUCAUGAACAAGCAGCACAGCCCCAUCCAGGUGCCCAUGGUGGCCGGGUCCCCGCUGGGCGCCACCCAGACCUGCAAUAAAGUCCGAUGUGUUGUCCCUCAGACCACGGUGAUCCUCAACAACGACCGGCAGAACUCCAUCGUGGCCAAGAUGGUGGGGCAGGAGGAGCCUCUGAGCAGAGCAGCAGAUUCCCUGGAGAACAUCCUCAGCAACGCGGUGCCGGGCCGCCGGCAGAACACCAUCGUGGUGAAGGUGCCCGGCCAUGACGACAGCCACAACGAGGACGGCGAGAGCGGCUCCGAGGCCAGCGACUCGGUGUCCAACAGCGGCCAGGUGGGCAGCCAGAGCAUCGGCAACAACGUCACCCUCAUCACCCUCAACUCCGAAGAGGAUUACCCCAACGGGACGUGGCUGGGUGACGAGAACAACCCCGAGAUGCGCGUGCGCUGCCCCAUCACGCCUGCAGACAUGCUGCACAUCAGCACCAACUGCCGCACGGCCGAGAAGAUGGCCCUGACCCUGCUGGAUUACCUCUUCCACAGGGAGAUCCAGGCCAUCUCCAACCUCUCGGGCCAGGGCAAGCACGGCAAGAAGCAGCUGGAUCCUCUCAUGAUCUACGGGAUUCGCUGCCACCUGUUCUACAAGUUUGGCAUCACAGAGUCGGACUGGUACCGCAUCAAGCAGAGCAUCGACUCCAAGUGCAGGACAGCCUGGAGGAGGAAGCAGAGAGGCCAGAGCCUGGCUGUGAAAAGCUUCUCCAGGAGAACCCCCUCAUCCUCCUCCUACAGUGGCUCAGAGGGAUCGCAGAGCUCGGUGUCAGCCUCCAGUGAGCUGCAGCAGAGCCAGCCCCAGGCCCUGCACUACGCCCUGGCCAACGCCCAGCAGGUCCAGAUCCACCAGAUCGGCGAGGAUGGCCAAGUGCAAGUAGGCCAUCUCCACAUAGCCCAGGUGCCCCAGGGAGAGCAGGUCCAGAUCACGCAGGACAGCGAGGGGAACCUGCAGAUCCACCAGGUGCACGUGGGGCAGGACGGGCAGGUGCUGCAGGGGGCUCAGCUGAUCGCUGUGGCCUCGGCCGAGCCCGCGGCCGGCGGCGUGGACGGCUCCCCUCUGCAGGGCAGCGACAUCCAGGUGCAGUACGUGCAGCUGACCCCCGUGACAGACCACGCUGCCUCCAGCCAAAGUCUGACACAACCUGGCCCUGAUUGUCCAGUGAAUGAAAACAACUCCCAGCAGAACCCAAUGGAACAAUCACCUGGGGGUGAACAAUCUCCAAACACAUUCCAAAGCAGCAAAACACAGGAGAAUCAAAUGAGAUAAGAAUUGUUUUCCUUUUUCUCAAGGCUUCUCAGCUUCAGAGAAAUCCUGGGCGAGGGGAUUGUUCAGAGAAUGUGAAUGGCCCAAAGCUCGGGGUGCCCUGGGCUGGGGAGGACCCACAAGGACCAGAGAGGAGCAGCAGGCACUGAGAGGUGCUCCUCCUGCUGCUGUCCCCACUCCAAACCUGAGGAAUUCCCACAUUUCCCUCCCUCCUCAGGAAGGAAUCCUGGAGCAGAGUUCCCAGGAGCAGCCCCCAGGAGCUCCUCCCUCUGCAGGGACCCUUUGACUGUGCUGGUUUCACCCUGAGGGGGAGCCCAGAGCUUUCCAGGGAAAGCAGGGCAGGAGAGGGACAGGAAAAGGGCAGGGAAGGAAAAGCAGACAAGCCCCAGAACAAGUCAGCCAUAAAUAUUCCCUCACUUUGCAGCGAGUGAAAACUGAGGCUCUGGAGAGGAGCUGGAGAAGCCACCUUGGUGUUUGCACUGCUCUGAGUUUAUCCAUCCUUCAGGGUCGUUUUUGUGGAUCAAAAUAUGGAAUUUUCCUGUGGAGAAGGAUCUCUUAUCUGAGGGAAGGGCAAAUCCAGUGACCCUUCCCCCUCCCCUGACACUUCCACCUGGUUCUGUCAAGGUGCUGAGAGGUCCCAAGGCUUUUGUAGCUCUUUAUCAAUCAAAGCUCAUUAAAGUGGAAUUUAUUUUCCACCUGGGCUGGAUUCUGUGCCAGUUCCCUCUUAGAAACAGCACAAAUGUGGAUUUAUUUCAUGUCUCACUACAAGGUACCAGUUUUCUGCCCUUUUUUUUUGUUUUCUGAAAUGAUUCCCUGCUCUGAGUUCAGCUGGAACAGAUCAAAAUCCACUUCAAUUUUGUAUUUUCAGUCUAUUCAUGAAUGAUUUUUGCUUGGCUUAUUUUCAUGUUUUGACAGCAGUUUGCAAAGUCUAGAAAUACAGAAUAUUUGGAUUAAAAUUCUGUGCUCAGAUGCAAUGCUGGUGGUAAAUUUUGUUAGAUUUGGAAAAAAACCCCACCAUCAUUCCAAAUCCAAAUUCUUGUAAUCCCUUCAGGUCUGAGGUUGGAUCAAUGUUUGGUGUUGCUCUUGUGCUGGUAUUUGAUAAUUCUAUUUACUCAAUACACUUUUCCUCUAAAUGGGAACAAAACCUUUGAGGAUUAUUUAAAUUUUUGGUGCUAUCCAAUUGAGCAAUCUCAUAGAUUUAUUCAGCACCUUAGCAUGAAUUUAUUGAACUUUUAAGCAAACACAAAAUACCCUUCAAAUUAAACAGGGGAAAAAUUCCUGUAGCCAAAUGCAAUCACUGGCAACAAGGCAGAGGGAAAUAAAUGAAUUUAGGAGCAGCACUUGAGGAUUUUGAACUUCUGGUGUUUUAAUUUGAAUAAUAAAAAAGCUGGGACUGUGUAACAAAACCUAAAAUCUGGGAAUUCUGGUGGAUUUUCUCCCCUUGUGGAUCUUCUGGCAGGUUCAAGGCUGAAGCACAAAGCAGGACCUCAAAUGAGGAUUUUUAUCACCAAAAUCCUGUCAGAGAGAGAAUUCUGUGGCCAGGGUGUUGCACAGAGCAUCCUUGAGAGGGGUUUAUGAGGGAAAAUCCAGCAAGGGCAGAUCUCUGGAAGGAGGGGAAGUUCAAAGGGAAAUAAUCCUGAAAUCCUUGCCCUGGCCUUGGAAUUCUGGCUGUGCUGUGGUGGCUGCUGCCAGGGGAAGCUUUUUUGGGUGUCAGGGGCUCUGUGCAGGCCAGUGCAGCAGUUCUGGGUGCUGCUCCUCUCCCAGCUCUGCAGGUGCUGUCCUGGCUCCCAGGAAUUUGGAUUUUCCCUCCCCAGGUAGGCAGUGAGUUGGUUUGUAGAGAGAUUUUUUUCCUCUGGAGGUUCCAGUCAGUUUGCUCACUUGUAAUUCUUCCUGGAUUUCCCUGGGAAGUGAGGAGAGUCAGGCCUGCAGGAGGAAUUUCCUCUGAAGAAAAACUGGCUGUAGUUGUGCUGGUCUCACUUCACCCUAACCAGGGAAAGGCUGCAGUGGGGAAAAUCAGCAUUUUUAGACCCUAUCCUGCUCCAGCUGGGAGAUUCCAAGGACAAAGCCACCAGGUGAUUUCACUGUCCUCACCCCCAGCAGCUCUGGCACUGCAGAGCUCCCUCCUGCCUUCUCCAUGCUCAUCCUGGGUGCCCUUCCCAGCUCCCUGUUCCCAAAGUCUCUCUGUUGGGAUGAGCCUUCCACAGCUUCAGUUUGGUGCCAGACUCUGAAUUUAUUUCCUUUAUUUGGAGCUGGUUCUUUUCCUGGGAAGAGAGAGGGAAUAAUUGCCUUGGUGCCACUCAUGAUUGUGUAGAUGUUUAUCAUAAUUGCAUUAUUUCAGCUUCAUGGAGACUCUUGAUGUUAUUUUUGGUGCCUUUGUGAGUGGGUUCCCAUUCCCACUGUCACAGAGCCCACAUCCAUGCGGAUUUUGCUUUGGAAUUUUUUCCACUGGAAUUGACAGGAACUUUCUAUUUGUAUAAUAAGCCCUCAUUCUCUUGGUUACACCAAGAAAAGGCACUUUGGGAUUGAUUUCCUGCUGUCCCCUUCC